AUGAUGUUGAAGUGUAACAAAUCGAAUUCUGGUUUGGUCAAUCACAAGAGGAAACCGGAAUUUGGUACUGCACCGAGGAUGGUUAAGAUGAAGAACAACAAGAAGAGGAACACUGUGAUAGUAAUAGACUCUGUGUCUCUAACAGAAGGAGUGGUUGCAAAACUCAUGGGUAGAAUUGAGAGAGGAGGAGUUCCAGAUGAUUUAAAGCAAAGCCCAUUUCAUCAAGUUUCAGUUUUCGCAAGUUGGAUUGGCAAAGGUGUGGUAGUUCUUACAGAUCUGAAUUGGGCAGUCUGGGGUGGCGGUAACAGCCCAUCUUCUUCAAAUUACAGCGCGGCUGAUCACGUAGUGGAGGAGAUUGGCUUAUGA